GCCCGCAGGUUUCACCUGAGGUUUAUGGUUUCUGCUUUUAUGCAAGUUGUACCGCUGCUGCAAACUGCGAGUGUUUAAUUCUUUGCUUUGGUUCUAGUUAGACAAUUAACACCCAGCGCGGCUUUCAUCUCUGGAGACAGCUGCAGGAAGGGGUCUCCUGUCCCGAGAGGUGUCGCACAUCGGCGGCGGCUCUGACAACUCAGUGCGACGCGGCGGACGAAAUUAGAGCCCGUAAUGUUCAAUCCUCACAUCCAUCAGCAGCAACAGCAACAGUUUCAUCAGCAACUGCGGCAACUACAGCAACUUUUCCAGCAGCAGCAGCCUCCGCCUCCUCCGCCGCAGCCGCCUCCCGGACACCAUGUGGCCCAUCACCACCACCAGACGCCCCGAGCCAUUCCUGUUCCUACCCAGACAGCACCCCCUCCCCGGAUGGUCAACUUGAGCCAUGCGUCGCAGACGACCAUCAUCGCCCCCAAUCCCAUGCUGCAGGGUGCUUUACUCAUGCAGCAAAUGCAGGGUAACAUGCGGGGCUUUGGGAUGGGUGGGCAGCAGUUUCGACAGUUCUUCACAACGGGGAACAGGUCGUCCCUGCUUGGGCCGGUUCCCAUGGGCAUGGCUAUUAAGUCUCCCAUCAUGGGUUUCCCAGCUGCACGACCCUUCCACCCACAUCCUCGCUACUUCAACAACACCGCCACCUCCACAGCAUCCUCUGCCUCUUCUUCCACGGAUGCUGCAACUCGACAGGUUGACAGGAAGCGGGACAGCGAGCAGAUGGCAGCAGGGAGCUCAGAUGACCAACCAGCAGCAGCUAGCAGUACUGAUGGAGCUAAUGGCAAGACUCAAGCAGAUGGCGCUGUGGGAGGAGUGGAUGGGCCAACACAGAUCUCUGAGGAGCAACUUGAAGAGCCUGCAGUGAAGAAGAAGAGGACUGAGGGGUCAGAGAAACCCCCAGAACAGGGAGUCGUUGAGGCUGUAACUACUGCAAACACAGAUGAGGAAGCUCUUUCCUCAGCAUGUAGCAACAACACAGAGGACAUCCAGCCUGAAGAAUGCAUCGCUCUGGAAGAAGGAGGCUCCAGAACAGGAUCAGACAUUGAGGCACUUGAGGAGAUCAAAGUUGGUGAGGUGCAGAGCUGUUUGUCAGCCCCGUCUCCCUCUGGCAGGCCUAGUGAAGGUGACCAGCAGGCUAAUUUACCAGCAGAAGACACUUCACAGAGCAAAGAUGUCCCUGAGGCUUUGCCUGAGAACCAGGAUGAAGAGGAGGGUGUAGCAGAGGGCUCCAACAAGUUCUACUGCUACCUUUGCAGCAUCACCUGCCACAACCAGCAAAACUUCAGGAGUCAUAUGAACAGCAUGUCCCACCAGCAGCGGAUGAUGGAGAUCCAACACAUGAGCAACGCCUGCCUCGUCACCCUGCUGCCACGAGUGCAGGAGUCUCUACAGGGAGCAAACAAAGAUGGAGAGAAGAAAGCGGACUUGAAGCGUUGGUGUGCCACUUGUCUCACACACUUUACCAGUAGCAUCGCCGACCAUCGUCGCACAGAGGAGCACAGACUGGCCAGUAAAACGGACAUGUCCUCCUGUGCAAUCUGCAAGAAACACUUCAAGAACUCCCAGAUGUUUUUAGAGCACUUGCAGUCUCAAGAGCACAGACAGAAGCUCCAGGAAAAGGAUUGUGAGGCCUUCGCCAAGCUGACUUCUGUGGACACAGAAGGUUUUUCAUUAGAAGCGGAGGAGGGAACUGAGGAGGAGGAAGGAGGCAUAGAAGGAUUAAGGAAUCAAGGAGAUGGACAGGAUGGCUGGUCGUCUGUUGAAGAAAUGACUCUAAAUGACAUGGCCAGUGAUGAGCAGUAUGACCCUGAUACAGUCUACGGGUCGAGUUUUUUAGUUCCAGUCGCAGGUUUUAUCUGCAGGCUUUGCAACAAGUUUUACAACUUUGAGUCUUCUGCCCUGCACACCCACUGCAAAUCACUGCAGCACUUUGAGAAUCUUAAGAGGUACAGCAUGUUGAUGAGUCGAAAAGGUGAAAAAGUGGAAUCCUCCGGAGAAGCUGUCCAAGCUGCAGACGAUCUCAUGCAUGUAAAAGAAACCACCUCAGACUGUUCAGAUAAAAAUCUGCUCUCCGAUGACACAGGUUUAGCGACAAACCGUAAAUCCUUGCAGCCCGUCGUCACACUCACCCAACUGAAAAUGCAGACACGAAGACCACAAAAGGAGAAACUAGCAGAACCUGAGGCAACCUCAGAGGACUUAUCUACCGUCUCAGCAACCAGCAGUAGCAACACAGACACAUCCCUGGUUGAGUUGACUGCCAGCAGCAGUGUGGAGGCAGACUCUGAGCCAUCAGCCUCUGGUGAGAAUGCUAUUGAAGAGGUGGAUGAGAAAGAAGCUCCUGUGACCCAGGGGAAAAAGAAUGGGACAGGAAAAGCAAAAACUACAGCCAGACGCAGGUCGGGAAGGGCCACAAACAGACGAUGAGGACAGGAUGUGGACAGAAAAGUAACUGGUACCAUCACAACCACUGACAGGAUGUCACUAAAGAGGUGCUUUCAUGGAAAAGAGACCAAGAAGUUAGCAGCCGAGCUUCUCAGCAUGCUGGAAAGUCAGAAUUAAAUGCACAGAAGAACAGGACUUCUCAUGUGAAUUGCUUUCCCAGGGUGUGAAAUUAACACAAUUGUGGGCGACGCUCUUAAUUUUGGCUUCCAAUUGGAAGAUUACAGAUCAUUAUAAAGUCAUCGAGUCAAAAGAAAAAUGCAGCAAAUACUGAACUUUAAGCUUUUCUGUUUAGUAUCAGUACAAUCACGACAACUUUCCAUUAUGCUGCCUGAAUUAAAUGUUUUUCUUUUUAACAAGGAAAACAUCCUUGUAUUAAAUACCCUCUUGAAAACGGAUUCACAUACCUUAAUCCCAUGCUGCAAGCUACACCUAAGCAGAUUGGGCUUAUUUAGUGCAGUCACAUUACUGCAAAAGUUCAUAGGCAGGCUAUUGCUUCAGACAGCGUUUAAAGCUCCCAGGUGACAGAAUAAAACUAUUAUCUGCUUGGAUGUAAUGCCCUGUUGUCUCAUUGUGAAAUUUGACUGGCUGUAUCGUUUCAAGUCCAUGCACUGGUGCAGGCAUUUUAUCAUUAGAACUGAAUAUUGUAGCAUUUAGCUCAAAGCACUGCUGUGCUGAAGUAAAACCCUCACAGACUCAUUGUUUGCAGUUUACUACAGUACUUUCACUGUGUGCAAGUAGUGUAGUUUGGAAUUAGGACAUGCUGCUUGAUUGCAAAUGAAAGAUAAAUGCGAGUUUAAUAUAUAUUCAAAUUUGCAGAUGUGGGAGAUGAGGAAUUUUUUAAAAAAAUAGUUGAUUUUUUUUUUUUUUUUCUUCUAAACUAAAUUUCUCCAGCAAGAUUUAAACUUUUGGCUGCUCAUCAAAGUGCUAAUUUUCCACCCUGUUGCCCUUGAGGAUUGGGAGUUGUAGAUGGCUCACUAUCAGCUUUUAUUUUUUGCUAAUUCUCUAGCUAGCUAUGUGAUUGAGGGUUAGUAUAACCUACCAGUAUAAGAGAUUGUGGAGACAUGGGCUAAUCACAUAGCACACGCUGAAAUGUAGAAUGUAACUACAUUACAUACUUAGCAGGUAUCAACAUAAAAAAAAGUCUUAGUGGUACAUGGCUUGAGUGUUGAAAAAGAAGCUGAAUCUUGCAUCUGAUCAUAGCCUGGUUUGGAGCAUUUCAUCUUUUUUAUGAAUCAAUGACAUUUUGGUUUUAAGUUGAUCUUGCUGAUGGAGUUUGUGGCAAAAAAAAAAAAAAAAAAAAUAGUCUGCAGCUGCGUCCUUCUCAGUUUGUGGGAGCUGAAUGUGGUAAUAGACCCCUGUCAGCAAAAGACCGUUAGCAGCAGCAGACAGCUUCAUCAACGUGUCAGCGGCCAGAAAGAAAAGGCUUCUGCUAUCAGUCAGGCACUAAAUCUAUAUUGUGAUUCUUGUCCUGCUGCCCAGGACUCUUCAUGUUCAUAUAAGGCUGCAUGCACUUUGUCUGCAUGUUGUUUAAGUUUGAAUGCUCCGCCAUCGCAUCGGGUGUCACGUUCCCAUGAAUGUCUGUCUGGCUACAAUUACAGAAGAACCACUUAAUUUUCCACCCAAGCUUUUUAAAAAGCAUUCACACCCCAACUUUGUUGGUUUUAGUUGUUGCUUGACUCCAGUUUUUUCAUUGCUUUGUUUUGUUUUUAAUUGCUGUACACCAGACAGAACACACAUUUGAAUUAAUGGUCCAGAAUUAUCAGUUAAAAAUGUAGCAGAGUCCUUGCAGAUAUUCAACUUUGAAGCACCUACAGGUUAUCCAAAUGUAUUACUUUGUGGAGCUCAGCACUCACAGAUCACCACUUGGUGUGUAUUAGGAAGUACAACUUCCUUGCGCUGCUCUGGAAAGACUUCACCCUCCAUGUUAGCGAGAGAUUAACCGCAGAGGACUGACUGACUCAUGUAGCAACACUUGUAGUCAUGGUGGCGACCGUCACAUGAUUAGUAUUGUAUCCUUUCUGAAGGAAGGAGAUGUGAUUUAAUCUGUGCUUUUAAGCUCUGAAACAGAAUGGAGUAGAAGAGAGAGACAGAAAAAAAAGGGCAUGGAAAGGAUGAAUUCAAACAAAGCUGUAUGUUUCUUAUUGUAUUUUUAUUCAGCUACUGACAAAUUGAGAUGAACAAACUGGUGAUGUUUUCUAACUGCUGGAAGUUUAUUGUAUUUUUGGAUGUUUGUUUUCUGUUUGGGAGUCAUCUUAAUUUAUAUUAAAA